CCAGAGUAACAUAAUUUUUUGGAGAUUAGAAGAAUUGCCUCUUUACUGUUACUACAGAAAAUUCUCGGGGGGGUACCUCAGGGUCUGGCCAUGUGAAGCGGAAGGGACCCCCCCCAACUCCUUGAAAUGGUACGGUGCCUCAAAUAGGCUGAGCUGCACCUUCUGCGAUCGUCGCCCGUAACCUGAGCCUGUGACACCGCAAGGGCUUGGCUUUCAAACUUACCCUCUUCCUUUAAACACCGUCCUCACGCAGGUACUGGCUGUUAGGACUUUAAUAUCAGCUCUUUUUUUUUAACGUAAUCACUCUUAGUGAAACGAGGUACUUAUACUCACUGAAGGUUAGGGAGAUGAAAGAUUCAGGUUCAAGCCCAGCCGGAAGAGAUCUUCCUCCCACAUUCUUAUGUUUUUCUGGGUGAGCAAGAGAGCCGUCCUGCGGGUUGCCAGUUAUUCAAAACCCAAAGGAUAAAGAGCGGAGGCGCCGGAUACGACGGGAAAUAUCACCUAUUUAGGAAAAAAGAACGAAUUCCAAUUCAGGGUCGGUCCUGCCUGCAUCGGAGAACAGCAGGUGUCAUGCGCGGCCAGCGAGCACCAGACCGACGCCCGGCCAUGUGGCUGCUGCUCGCCUUCGCCGUGUGCCUGCUGCUGGCGGUGCUGAGCCUCGUUACGCAGCUUGGAAACCUGAAGUUGACCAAGCGAUCGAUAAUGAUGAACAGAACAGCCCAGAGUCAGACAGAUUCUCAAGUGCGGCUUGUGAAUGGGCGAGGCCGCUGUGAAGGCCGUGUGGAGGUCCAGCACAACGGCACCUGGGGCACCGUGUGUGAUGACGACUGGGACAUGGUGGACGCCAAUGUGGUGUGCCGUCAACUGGGAUGUGGCUCUGCCAUCGCCGUGGCGAGCAGCUCUGCCUUUGGCCAGGGGGUGGGGGCCAUCCUUCUCGAUAAUGUGGACUGUGCCGGCCAGGAGACGGACUUGGGCCAGUGUGGGAGCCUAGGCUGGGGCAUCCAUAACUGCUACCAUUACGAGGACGUGGCAGUCACCUGCAGAGACACAUCAGUGCUAAAGACACGUGGCCGUGAGGAGUCCACCACGGAGCCCCCUUCUCUUGCUGGCCAGAGAGAUGGCACACUCCGCCUGGUGGGUGGGGCCGACCGCUGUCAGGGCCGCGUGGAGAUCUUCUACAGGGGCACCUGGGGCACGGUGUGCGACGACGACUGGGGCAUGCAGGCUGCAGCAGUGGUGUGCCAGCAGCUACGGUGCGGCCACUCCCUGUCUUACACCACCAAUGCCUACUUCGGAUACGGGACCGGGCUCAUCCUGUUGGACAACGUAAACUGCAAUGGCAACGAGAAGCAGCUGUCCAGCUGCUACAGUCUGGGCUGGGGUAUCCACAACUGCGGCCACCACGAGGACGCGGGGGUCAUCUGUGCGGGAUCAGCCCCUACCACAGCAUCCCUACCAGACACUGACACGAUGAGCAAAGGCCUGUUUGGUCAUACUGAGAGCCCACCAGUUACAGAUGCCACAUUCCCCCUCCCCAGGACAACAGCGAGGACCACAGGGCCAACCACACACAGCCCAACGACCAAAUCUCGCACCACCAUCCGCGUGGUGAGCGGGAACAGCAGCUGCCAGGGCCGUAUCGAGAUCUUCCACGAGGGCCUAUGGGGGACCGUGUGUGACGACGAGUGGGACUUGCCCAACGCUGCGGUGGCAUGCCGGCAGCUUGGGUGUGGGCCUGCCGUGGCCGCCAUCCCGCUGGCCUACUUCGGCUACGGCUCAGGGCCCGUCCUGCUGGACAAUGUGGACUGCCGCGGCGAUGAGGGCCAGCUCACUGACUGUUUCCAUCUCGGCUGGGGCCAGCACAACUGUGGCCACCAUGAGGAUGCUGGGGUCAUCUGCAUGCCAUAUCAGGCCCCCGCUGUAUUGCUGAAAGAUCUCGAUGCAACAAGACUGACCCCCACCACGAAGACGCCGACAGAAGGGACGGUGAGGCUGGUGAAUGGGCGGCACCGGUGCGAGGGUCGGGUGGAGAUCUUCAUGGGUGUGGAGUGGGGCACGGUGUGCGAUGACGCCUGGGACCUUCCGGAUGCCCUGGUGGUGUGUCGGCAGCUGGGCUGUGGGUCGCCCACUGCAGCACUGGGCGAGGCCUUCUACGGGAGGGGCGACGGCACGAUCCUCCUGGACAAUCUGAAGUGCAGCGGCGAGGAGCAGGCGCUGCACCAGUGCUCCCACAUUGGCUGGGACGUCCACAAUUGCGACCACUCGGAGGACGCGGGCACCUCCUGCAUGCUGCUAUGAUCCAUCCCAGCGCCCCCCCCACACGGGACAUGCGGACUUGUAAACAUUCUGUAAAUAACAACAAACCUCCUGAAGGCAUCAAAACAAGCAAAGUGAUUAUAUAUUAUAUAAUAAUUAUAUAUUCUUAUUAUGCACUUUAUAAAUAUCGGUACAUUUUCACGAUAUGGAGCAGAGUAGCGCUUGAUAACAAAGCACUCCCAUUUUGUUGAAAUGUUGCAAUAAUUAUCACGCGGUUGCUUUUCGGCCUUCUCCAUACAGUAAUGCACUGGGAAUGGGGGGGGUGUGGGGGGGUGCGGUUAGAGUCAUUCAGUCAUUCAUAACUUAAAGCCGUGACACGAGAUCCCUCGCUGACACGUUAAGAUUAAAACAGUACAGCGAGAUGCCUUCUGCUGAAGAGGGUGUUCCCCAAACUUGUUCCCCAACUUGUGCUGUGCUCAGCCAGCCCCUUUAAGUGAUGAUUUCAAUAAAGGUGGGGUUCGCUUCACCAUGGACUGUGAACUCUUUUCCCAGCCAGAUCUCCAGCUGUAAAUGACAGGAGGACAGAUGCAUCAGAAUCACACCUGCCUGUUCAAACUCCCUUCAGUCUCCUCCUAGUGCUUUGUGUUAAUCCUUCAUAUUAAAAUCUGAAUCAGAACGCUUUAUAUUAUGCCAGGGGAAAUUAGUGAAAUGAAUUUCAGCAGAUGGGGUCCAGCAAGAGGCCAGUGUGUAAAUGUCUGUGCCUUGAGGACUGCUUAACUGGCAGCACCAACAGCACUGGCCAGUGAUAUAAAGAUACUCAUUAGUGCAGUGUGUAUCACUGUGAGCCUUGAAGACUGCUUAACUGGCAACACCAACAGCACUGGCCAGUGACAUAAGGACACACAUUAGUGCAGUGUGUAACACUGUGAGCCUUGAGGACUGCAGCCUCCUUCCCUUUAAAGAUCUCCAAAGCUCUCCAGACGUCUGUAGUGUCACCAGUGCCCCGAGAGACUGUUACACUCUGUCCCAAGAUUCUCCGCCAGUCAACAUGUAGCAUUUAUAAAAAAAGUGCCAAGACAUUAACUGGCAGCAUUAUAUGCAGGAGAGACCCACUCACCCGGAAACACAGCAGACUUGCCAGAGUCCAGGGAAGCAUCAUUCUGGCUGUUAUGGGAAAACUAUUCGAAAUUAUUCACCCAAAAUGUAAAAAAUACAGUUUUGGGAACAGUUGCUACAGAAAAUGCAAUAAAAAUGUGGAAACAUGCUCUUUAUCCUCUUAUAAUGUAAAUAAUAAAGUAUAUUAUCAAUAUGAAGAAUGCUCUAUGUUAUUUACAGUGCAGAUACUUUGUAAUGACAGGUAUACUAAAUAUUUAGUAGAAUUGUAUAUGAAUCUGCUAUCAAUAAACUGUCUGUAACA